GCCUGCGGGCGGCCCGGGGAGCGGUGCGCGGAGCGGCGCGGGGCAGCUACAGACCAGCCAGGAUGGCAUUGCUGGGGGGAUACUGCGAGGCCAACAGCUCCAUGGCCCAGGCCUGGGUGCAGCAGGGCUUCCAGCCCUGUUUCUUCUUCACGCUGGUGCCCGCUGUGCUGCUGAGCGUCUGCCUGCUGCUGGGUGCCCUGCAGUAUGCCUGCUACGUCCGUUUUGGCCGUGCCAUGGAGCCAAAAUACAUCCCUCGCUCACAUCUUUACCACACCCAGGUCCUGCUGUCACUGCUGCUGGCCCUGCUGCCCCUUGGUGGGCUUCUCUGGCAGCUGGCCGGCCCAGGGAGGCUCUAUGGGUACAUGGUGCUGUAUACCUGCCUCUGGGCUGCUGCCUGGGGCUGCGCCAUUGCCCUCCUGCAGCUGGAGCACACACGGGUGCUGGCACACGACCGCACACGGGGCCACGGCACUGUCCUCCUCCUCUUCUGGGCGCUGGCCUUUGCUGCUGAGAACCUGACGCUGGUGUGCUGGAGGAGCCCAUUGUGGUGGUGGGCGCUGCAGGACACCGACCAGAAGGUGCAGUUCAGCCUCUGGCUGCUGCGCUAUGUCUGCACCUUCACACUCUUCAUCCUGGGCAUGAAGGCGCCUGGGCUGCCCCACAAACCCUACAUGCUGCUGGUCAACGAGGAGGAGCGGGAUGUGGAGAACAGCCAGCCACUGCUGCAGGAUGCAGGCAGGACCAGCUCUACCUGGAAGGAUUUCCGGAGGAAGUUGCGCCUGCUGGUGCCAUACAUGUGGCCGAAGGGCAACCGCCUGCUGCAGGGGCUGGUGCUGUUCUGCAUGGCGCUCAUGGGGCUGGAGCGAGCUAUCAACGUCUUUGUCCCCAUCUACUACAAGAAUAUUGUGAACGAGCUGACCGAGGGUGCUCCCUGGCACACCCUGGCCUGGACCGUUUGCAUCUAUGUGGGGCUGAAGCUCCUGCAGGGCGGAGGUGCUGGCUCCACGGGCUUCAUCAGCAACCUGCGCACCUUCCUGUGGGUGUGGGUGCAACAGUUCACCAAUCGGCAGGUGCAGGUGCAGCUCUUUGCCCACCUGCACGGCCUGUCCUUGCGCUGGCACCUGGGCCGCCGCACCGGUGAGGUGCUGCGCAGCGUGGACCGGGGCACCAGCAGCAUCAACAGCCUGCUCAGUUACAUCGUCUUCAGCAUCGUCCCCACCAUCGCGGACAUCAUCAUCGGCAUCGUGUACUUCACCUCCGUGUUCAGCGCGUGGUUUGGACUCAUCAUCUUUGUGUGCAUGAGCCUCUACCUGACUCUCACCAUCUUCAUCACUGAGUGGAGGACCAAGUACCGGCGGGACAUGAACACGCGAGACAACGAGGCCAAGUCCCGUGCUGUGGAUUCGCUGCUCAACUUUGAGACAGUGAAGUACUACAAUGCAGAGAGCUACGAGGUGAACCGCUUCAACGAUGCCAUUGUCAAGUACCAGCUUUCCGAGUGGAAGGUCAGCGCCUCGCUGGGUCUUCUCAACCAGACCCAGAACCUGGUCAUCGGGCUGGGGCUUCUGGCGGGGUCUCUGCUCUGUGCCUUCUUUGUCACUGAGGGGAGGCUGCAGGUGGGGGAUUUUGUCCUUUUUGGCACCUACAUCAUCCAGCUCUACACACCGCUCAACUGGUUUGGCACCUACUACAGGAUGAUCCAGAACUCCUUUGUGGACAUGGAGAACAUGUUUGAGCUCUUCCAUGAGGAGCAAGAGGUGAAGGAUGCAGUGAAUGCCAGGGAGCUGCACUUGGAGGCUGGGCGCAUCGAGUUUGAGAAUGUGCAUUUCAGUUAUAUUGAUGGGAAGGAAAUCCUGCAGGACAUCUCCUUCUCUGUGAUGCCUGGGCAGACCCUGGCCCUGGUUGGGCCUUCGGGCUCAGGUAAGAGCACCAUUAUCCGCCUGCUCUUCCGCUUCUACGACGUGCGGGGUGGCUGCAUCCGCAUCGACAGGCAGGACAUCUCCCAGGUGAAGCAGGCGUCAUUGCGUGCCCACAUCGGGGUGGUGCCUCAGGACACUGUGCUCUUCAAUGACACCAUCGCCAACAACAUCCGCUACGGGCGGGUGCAGGCCACUGAUGAGGAGGUGCAGGAGGCGGCGCGGGCCGCCGACAUCCAUGACCGCAUCCUCUCCUUCCCUGAUGGGUACAGCACCCAGGUGGGGGAGCGGGGGCUGAAGCUGAGCGGGGGGGAGAAGCAGCGUGUGGCCAUUGCCCGCACCAUCCUGAAGGGCCCCCGCAUCAUUCUUCUGGACGAGGCCACCUCUGCGCUGGACACGGAGACUGAGAGGAACAUCCAGGCCUCCUUGGCCAAGGUCUGCGCCCAGCGCACCAGCAUCGUUGUGGCACACAGACUCUCUACCAUUGUGGGUGCAGACCAGAUUCUGGUGCUCAAAGAUGGGCGCAUCGCUGAACGCGGGAGGCAUGAGGAGCUGCUGCAGAAGGGAGGUAUCUAUGCCAGCAUGUGGCUGCAGCAGCAGGUGGGGGAAGAGGGCGAGAGCAAGGAGCAGCACACUGAGAAGCCCCCCAGCAGCAAGAAGGAGCCAUGAGUGCAGCCGGGUGUGACCAAGGGAUGGGGCACCCAUGGUUGGUGCUGAGACCCCACUGCUGGCUGCGGCUACCUGUGUGUGUUGGGAGCUGCAGGGCCCAGCCUGGACACUCCGUUUGUACCUGUUUGUUCUGCUGUGGAGUAGUUUCUUAAACCAGGUCCUUCUCA